AGGAAAUAUGGCGCAAAACAGCAAUUAUUACGGCUAUUCAGCCGGUGUUCAGGGCUCGCAAGUGUACGGCAAUACGAUGCAAAACCCACAGAUGACUCAGUCGGCGUACAGUGGACAAACUACGGCCGCUUAUGGCGCUCAAUCGACGACACCAAGCGCCAAUGCUUACGGAACCGCAUCGCCACGAAGUGUCAUGCCGGGGCAAAGUGCUUAUACACCAACGGCCGCUUCUAACUACCAAACGACCGCUUUAUCUGGAAGCUCCUACGGAUAUACUGCUCGAGUGCAAGAUACCUCUUCUCAAAGUUACCCAACGAACGCGGCGAGCGCAUAUACAAGCCCUGCUCCAUACUAUGGCCGUGACAACUCACAACAAUCGUCAGGUUACGAUGCUUCGAAAGCGAACAGCUAUUACAACCAACAUUCAGGCACGACACCGGGCUAUGGCUACGGUUCUGGGGCAUCGAAAUCCAUGUAUUCCGGCUAUUCGACGCAGUCAAAUGCGAACAAUCAAAUGGCGAACCCGAGCACGCCAAAGGCAAGUACCCAAGCGUCAGGAAAUAGUAACGUUUCCUAUCCUUAUAAAGGCCAAACAGGCACGAACUACAACCAGAAUUCGAGCUCCUAUAAUUCGCCUUCAAAUUGGUCUGGCAACGCAGGAGGAGGCUAUCAGCCUGCACAGGGCUACGAUGCAGCUGUUUACAACGCUGCUUCUUCGUACUUUCAACAACAAACGCAGCCAAGGCAAAAAUGGGGAGGAAAUAAGAACAACAAUAGCGGUAAUCAGAACAAUAAACCAGGUCAAUCGAGGCAGAGGAACCCCCCUAGACAACAGCAAGUUCAUUACUGUGAUGUUUGCAAAAUCAGUUGUGCUGGACCUCAGACAUACAAGGAGCAUUUGGAAGGUCAGAAACAUAAGAAGAAGGAAGCAGCUCAAAAACAAAUGGAGGCAGCUGGACCUGAUGGUUACAGAUGCAGUCUAUGUGAUGUGACUUGCACUGGAACUGAUGCUUUUAAUGCUCAUCUCAAGGGAGCCAAACACUUGAAGACUGUAAAGCUUCAUGAAAAGCUUGGUAAGCCAAUACCAGAGGUACUUUCAGCUGAGGAUCAAGAUAAAGACAAGAAAAAAGAUGGCAUUGUUAAGACACAGACACCAAAACCUUCCUUCAGAAACAAUCAACGUAGAAACAGAAAGCCGUCUGCGCCUAAAAUAACAUUCAUUGGUGGGGCAACAUUGAAUUCCACACCUGGAGAAACGGCAACAACCUCUGCAGUUACCUCUGAGGCACAGGAUGCUGAUGUGUCGGCCACUAUGCCUGACGAAGGUGGAAAAAAAGGAGACACGACUGGGUCUGAAGAAGGAAAGGAUAUUAAAUUUGUUGGUGAAGACUAUAUUGAAGAAGUAAAGUCUGAUGCUGGUAAAGUCAUUGGGUUUGAAUGCAAGCUAUGCGAGUGCAAGUUUAAUGACACUCUGGCAAGAGAAGCUCAUUUGAAAGGAAGAAGGCACCAGUUGGCAUAUAAGAAGAAAGUCCAACCUGAUUUUGUUGUGGAUCAAAAGCCUAGUGCAAGAAACAGGCAGCCACCUCAGCCACGCUCUCUGAUGGAUGACAAGGCAAGACGAAGAUGGGAACAGGAUAUGUACUGGAGACAACAAGAAGCUGCUUGGAGGAAUGAAGAAGUCAGAAGGUGGGGCGAAGAGGAAUAUUGGCGGAGAUUGGAAGAGGAAGAGAGAAUGUGGGAUGAACAUGAAAGCCACCGUCAUGGAGUGGAUUGGGGUCAUAGGAUGGGACCUCCACGUCCUGAUUAUGGUGAUAUGUAUCCGCCGCCAAACAUGCCUCGACCACGACAGGACAGUCAGGAUGAUCGUAUGGUCAUGGCUAAACAUAAACAAAUCUAUCCGAAUGAGCAAGAACUCAGCGCCGUUCAGAGCAUCGUUUCUGCGGUGGAGAAAGCGUUGAAGCUCGUUUCUGACAGCAUCGCGGAGGAAGAAGCGCCGCUCGUCUGUAAAGUAGAAGUUAAGGACGAAAACAUGGAGGUGACCGAAGCGCCGCCAGCUGAAGAAAAAACGACGGUGAAAGAGGAGAAAGGUAGUGAAGAAAAGCCCGAGGAAGAGAAGGCUGUCGGGGAAAGUGAUGAGAAAACAAGCGAGGAAACAGACGAGAAAAAGGAUGAUGAAACGAAAAAAUCCGCAACUCCUAAGCUGAAGGAAAAAACUGAACAAGCACCAAGAACCUUAAAAGGUGUUAUGCGUGUUGGCGUCCUUGCGAAAGGUCUACUGCUUCAUGAAAGACUUGACGUGCAACUUGUUGUUUUAUGUCAAGAUCGACCAACAGUGCAACUUCUUGAACGAGUGUCGACGAAACUUCCUGAUCAGUUAACGAAAGUUAGUGACGAAAAGUACGACGUAGUCGUGGAAAAUUGCCAGAUUACAGUUGCCAGCACAAAAGAUCCAAAGAUCACUGUCCUUAUCACGUUAACGUCCCCUGUGAUGAGAGACGAGGCUGAUGUAGCACAAGCGGAAGAACAAAAAGAUGUAUUGGAUCGAGACAAAUGUCUGGAGGCAUUGGCAUCCCUACGUCAUGCUAAAUGGUUCCAGGCUAAGGCGAACGGCGUACCAUCUUGUGUUGUGAUCAUCCGAAUUCUGCGCGAUAUGCGCGAUCGAUUACCAGUCUUCGUUCCGUUGAGCAGCUGGGCGUUGGAAUUGUUGGUUGAAAAAUGUCUAAGCAGUGCAGAUUAUCCUCUGGGUCCUGGUGAAGCAUUCCGUCGUGUGUUGGAGUGUAUUUCUUCUGGUGUUCUUUUGCCAGGCGGUCCUGGUUUACACGAUCCAUGCGAAAAAGAAGUGACCGAUGCUUCCGCCGAAAUGACCGCUCAAGAACGCGAGGAUAUCACAUCGACUGCACAGAACUACCUCCGUUUGCACGCGUUCCGACAGCUGCACAAAGUGCUUGGCAUUGAUCCCAUUCCCGCUUCGAAAUUCCGUGGCCGUUACGGUCGGGGCGCACGAUUCAAGAGAAGACGGGAGGACAGCGGGCUCGCCGAUGGCAGUGCUAAGAAGGAGAAGAAAGAUGGCGAAGAGGAGGGGGAAGGUAAAGAUGGGGAGGUGACACCAGAGACAACAAGUGAUGUUUCAGCUAAUAGUGAAACCUUGGUCGAAAAUAAACAACCAGAAUCGCUCAGUGGUGAAGCUGCUUCUUAAGAGAUUUUAAAAAGUAGGCGAUGUGUUCUUCUGUCAUUGCCAUCUUAUUUCUUGAAACAUUACCAGUGGCUACUGUAACUGUUAUAGAGUAAUAUCGUCGGAUAAAUUUAAAGUUGAUAUUUUUGAGAAACUAUACAGUAUAUAUAAAGUUAAGAUAUGUUGAGUUUCGGUUCGGACUAGUUGUUGCUUUAAAUAUAAAUAUGGUCAGUUUACCAUCGGAAAAUAAUAUUGUUAACCAAAGGAUUAAGUGUGGGUAAUUUGUUAUGGUAGAAACCAUUGAAAGUCGUAUCGUUUGUAACAGCAUCAUUUGAACAUCUGGUGAUUAUAAUCUUUUAAUUGCCUUUUGGUUUAAAUUAUAGUAUUAAAUGCGUCAAAUUGUACGUUUGUAUGUUAAUAUUUAAUAUUGAUUCCCUGCAUGAAAGUUAUAUAACGUUUACGUUAUACCUACAUUAAAAAUAUAUAGCUAAUAUCAAAAGUGUAUAACUGUGGUAAGGACUGUUUUUCACUAUACUGUAAACCUUAUCCACUAAAUGUAAAACUAAUUUACAAUGAAAAAUUCAAGUCGCUAUACGCAAAAGCAUAAACGUCAAACGCAGAAGCCCGAAAUUACAUCGCGUUGCACUGU